UUGUCGCGUUGCAUCAUGGGAAUCGUGUGGCAGGAAACACCGCUAGAUACCUGUAAUUUGAUUGUUUUGCACGUUUGGAGGAGGAUUUAGAGAAGAGGAUGGUUCACUCUUGCUGUGUGGUCGAUUGUACGGCUCAUUGGGGGCCUGAUAAAAAGUUUUCGAAUUCCCUCCGAAAAGGAUCGCGAAAAACGAAAGAAAUGGUUGUGUGCAAUUACAUUCUGUAGCUGUGCUUCGAUACCUGCAAGCCUCACUAGUACAUCCAGCAUUUUGGGUGGUUGUUGGAGCUGCAAAGAUGUCAAGAUGGAGCACGUUCACUGCAGCUGUUGCUACCAUGUUAGGUGCCACUUUUGGUGGUCUGUUUCUGUGGCGCAGAAUCCGCACUCAGAAGAGAAAGGCCUUAAAGGGCCCCGCUGCGGCUGAGCCUGUCCAAGCCCAGCUGGAAGCAGACAUCACCACAACACAGCCCGCAGCAAGGCCAGAGCUGUUAGUGCCUUCAAACCAGCCUGUGACCAUACCGCCGGUUAGUAUGCUUAUACAAGUGCCACCAGUGGUCGUGAACUCUUCAGACGAGUGGGAGACAUUCUGGCCAACAUUCCAAAAGGACCUGUUGCUGUAUCCGGUUCUGGGUCUGGACUGUGAAUGGGUGUCUGUCAAAGGCAAAGCAUCUGCGGUCUCUCUGCUCCAGUUGGCGACUUUCUCUGGUCACUGUGUGUUGGUCAGACUGCUUUCAUUUCGAGAAGCACAGCUUCCUCUGCCUAAAGGCCUCAUGGGGAUCCUGUCAGACCCUCAUGUACUGAAGGUGGGGGUGGGUUGUUAUGAGGAUGGAAAGCGUCUUGUUCAUGAUCAUGGUCUGACUCUGGGAUGCACUGUUGACCUGCGCUAUCUUGCCCUCAGACAGAGGCAAGCAGUGUUAAAUAAUGGCUUGAGUUUGAAAUCCCUGGCUGCAGACCUGCUGAAUUAUACACUGGAUAAAUCACUAGAACUACGCUGCAGUGAUUGGGAGGCAGACGUGCUAACACAUGAACAGAUGAAGUAUGCUGCACGGGAUGCCCAGAUCUCCAUAGCUCUUUUCUUUCAACUGCUGGGGCUAAACGUAGAGCCCAGUGUCCCUGCUGAGGGUGAAACUGUGUUUGUGCAGCUGGCAUCACGCUGCCAGGGAUUGGUGGAUGUGCCCUUCAGGGGGCACUGUGGAGGAGAGGGAGAAAAUGGGGAGUGGAAGAGACGAAGCAGGAAGUCCACCGUGGAAAGUCCUGAGUCUGGAGACCAGCAAGUUCCAGACCCGCGGAAGAACAAACGCAAACCACUAGGAGUUGGUUAUUCUGCCAGGAAAUCUCCUCUUUAUGAUAACUGUUUCCUUCAUGCUCCUGAUGGCCAGCCUCUCUGCACAUGUGACAAGAAGAAAGCAAAAUGGUACCUGGAAAAGGGAAUAGGAGAGUUGGUCAGUGAAGACCCCUUCAUUGUUCGCCUGCUGUUUGAGCCCUCGGGCCGUCCAGAAUCACAGAAAGACUACUAUCUCAUAGCCAAAGAGAACCUGUGUGUGGUGUGUGGGAAAGCGGAGUCUUACAUCAGGAAGAACAUUGUCCCACAUGAGUACAGACGCCACUUCCCGGCUGAGAUGAAGGACCACAAUUCCCACGACAUCCUGCUUCUCUGCACUUCCUGUCACGCGGCGUCUAACGUGCAUGAUGGCAUCCUGAAGCAGCAGCUGGUGGAGGAGUACUCUGCACCGCAAGGCUGUGAAGUGGGCGUUAGGCUGCUCGAGGAUACAGGCCGCCGGCGGGUACGCUCAGCCGCUCGUGCUCUCCUCAGUGCCAGCAACGGGAUGCCAGAAUCCAGACGGGAGGAGCUCCUGUCAAUCAUCCAGAGCUUCUUCUGUAACGAUCAUCAGGAUGUCACGCAAGAGAUGCUUCAAAGAGCUGCAGCGCUGGAGACCAGGAUUUUUAAUGAGAGUUUUGUGUCGCAUGGAGUGAAGGUAGUGCGGGCAUAUGCCGAGCGCGGUCUACCUGGCCUGAUGGAGCUGGAGCACCGCUGGCGACAGCACUUCUUGACCACCAUGCACCCCCGCUAUUUGCCACCACUCUGGUCAGUCAGUCACAACCACGACAAAUAUCUGCGCAAGUACGGUGAGGACCUUCAAAUCCAGCUCAACUGAGCCUAGUUGCUUCAGCAAUGAAGAGACUCUAUGCUACAACUCCCAAUAGGAAGGUGUCCACUGUGUGGGUAACACCUUGAUGUCCUUGUCCUAAACCCUAUGAUGUCAUUUCGAGUGUGCCAGAGACUUUUUCGGCCUUACAUUGGGCAAGCCCUGGUGUUGACUUCCAGAUGAGAACAAAAAGUUGAAGACUAGUCUAGACUGAGGCCCCAUUUUGACUGGGCCCUAAGGGGCCAGAUGAAGUUUGGCUAAGAGACUCUUUGGGGAUCUAAAGCCACCGUGAUGAAUGAACGGUGUAACAUUAAACUCUAAAAUGGUGCAAGAACAGAAAUGGUGAUUAGGUAAAAUAACAAAAAAGCUAAAUGUGCACACUUUUUUUUUUUUUUUUUUUAAAUAGUUUAAAAUGUGGAAAAGAAUUCUCAUUUCUCUGUGAAAAGUAGAAUCUACUGUAUUUUAACCAGCCCAAACCUGCUCUUACUAAAUCAUGAAUUGAAUAAAAUAUUCUUAGCUUACAAUUCUUGCAGGUUUGAGGCCAUAUUAAUAUUUUGUUAUCAGUUUGACUUUUCGGGCUAUAGAAUGUGGCCUUUUUUACUUAAAUGCCCAAAAUGGAGCUAAAAAUAUCUAAACAUAGUGUACAAAAAACAGCCUGAAAUUUUAGAGGAAAACUCUUAUCUUUGAACAACUAAAGUUUGACAGAAUGGAGCACUGAAAAGUUUGAGGAUGCAACACGUCAAUCAUCUUUCUCAGUCAGGACACCUCAGAUUAGACCAGAACAUGUUGUGGAGUACAAACCCCUGACUAGACGUUAUGAAUUUUUUCCAGCACCCCUCUUUCAUAGAUCAUUACUACUAAACAUUCCCACUCUGAUUUUUAGUGCCAAUUUGUGUUGUAUUUGCAGUUACAGUCUGAGAGAUUCAGCUUCAUGGGUGGUAAUAAAUGUAGAUGGCCAAUUCAAAGACAUUGAAAAGUCUGAGCUUAACACUUCUAAUUUAACUUCAGAAUCACAUCAGCUUUUUAUUUACAUUUUUCCAGAUGUAACGCAUUAAAGCUGCUGUGUUCCUUUAUUGUCAAUAAAGAUGUGAAUUGUCAUAUUUAAAGACUGGAUUAGUUGUUGGUAAGUUAUCUUUACAGUAUGGUGUAAUAUACGUUUAACACCCCACAAUAUCCAAAUGCGUAAAUCAAACACAACACGUACAGUUUUACUGUUUAUUACUUACAAAAUCAUGAUUCAAUAAAGUCUUUACAUUUUUUUUUUUUUUUUAAUGAUUCCCUUCAAUGAUAUUGGCUCUAAAGCUGACUUUAUCUUUGACCUUUCUAGAAGUAAUUCUUACAAUCUUGUAAUGCACGUUUAAGGCCUCUUAUAGUGUGGCAUAGGAACAAUCAGCUUGUCAAUUGUAUGUUUGGAUCAGAUAACAUGUUACAUGUUUGGAGAAUAGUACAAAAUAAAUGUAAUCAAUCCAAACUCAUGAGAAGCACAUUUUUUAAACACAAUUUGGCCAGUCACAAUAUUUAGCUUGUAAUAUUGGCAGCUUUAUGGUCAAGAGUUCUGAAAGGCUUGUGCAUCGCAUCUGUCAGAUUAGCAAUACAAAAAUGCAAUUAAAGCAAAGACUUUCCAAUCAUGUUGGACACAUAGGAUGUGGAUGUACAACUUGAGCACAAUAUUCGUAAUGCACAUCAUGUUACACAACUAAAUACUAACCAGGGCAAACAAACACUUUUGUAGGAGCAGUACUACAUUAUGCAAUAAUUUAUGAAGUAAUAAUCAUCGCUGGUAUAGCGUAAACAUGAAUGCAAUUAAUCCAGUAUCACAUUUGUCACUAACUGGUUGUGUGCAGAUGAUACUGCUUUAGCUUUUGAUAAACUAUAUAGUCUAUUCUGACAGUAAGUGCAGUUUGUGGAAUUGUUCAGUGAUCGGAACACUUACAUUUUCAACAGUUACAAGAUCUUGAACAAAGGAUGUCCAAAGAAUUGAGGCACCACCACAUAUUUACAGCCAUCUUCUACUUAUUGCUUUUGUAUUUACGUCUCUUGGGGAUGUUUGUCUUAAACCACAAUAGGAAUAGUGCAGCUCUUAGCAGUGACUGAAUAAGGCGUUACAUCUGCCAGUUGCUCAAUUAAUAUUCUGUUGUAUGCUUAACAUUUUUAAUCUGUUCUUAAAAUGCUUUAAAUCUCACUUGUGUUUCUAGAUGGUUUUGCUGGUGAUAGAAGGAAAGAGGCAUGUUAUUUGGGGGUAAACAAGCUGGAAUAUACACAUUUAAUGUGUACUGUUGGAGCACAAAACUUGGGUGCCUUCACACUGGAGCUUUUGGUGUAGACCCAAGUUUUCAGAGUUUGGUUUGAUUGGUAUUUUCCAAAUUCAGGUUCAGACCAAGCACUCUCUUUGCCUUGGGUUAUUCUCUAAUUUGCUGAGUAUGGCCAUUUUCAAAGAAAAUCCGGUUUGCCUCCACAUUAACUGUACCCUACAGCCGUGGCCAAAAGUAUUGGUAGUGACAAAUGUUGUUUUGCAAAGUUUUCUGCUUUGAUUGUUGUGGUGUUGAUUCACGUUGUUUCUAGAUUAUUGUGCAGAGUGAUCGGAUGCAUUUUAAAUAAUUGCAAAAAGCUUCAUUGGCCAAAAAAGAACAUCACAAAAACCAAAAUUUCUCAGUUUUUUGGCCCUGGCACAAAAUGACCAGCUAACAUAAUUUCACUAAUCAUAUCAGCAGCACCUGGGAAAGUGUGAACAAGUGCAAGUCAGGUGAAAUCACCCUAUAAUUCGGAUUGGAUUAUAAGAGCAGACUGAUUGCUAUAAUAGGAGGGAAGUGCUUCCAAUCAUUGUGUUCUUGUUAGGAAUGGUUACCUCUAAAGAAAGACGUGCAGCCAUCAUCGCUUUGCAUCAAAAUGGCCUCGCAUGCAAGGAAAUUGCUGCAAAGAAUAUUGCACCAGAAAGAACCAUUUACUGGAUCAAGAACUUCAAGGAGAGAGGUUCAACUGCAGUGAAGAAGGCUUCAGGACGUCCCAGAGUGUCCAGCAAGCGCCAGGACCGUCAUCUCCUGAGAAGUCAGCUACGGAAUCGUGUUACCACCAGUGCAGAGCUUGCUCAAUACUGGCAGCAGGUUGGUAUGAGUGCAUCUGCACGCACAGUGAGGCGAAGACUUUUGGACAAUGGCCUGGUGUCAAGAAAGGCAGCAAAGAAGCAACUUCUCUCCAAGAAAAACAAUCAAGGUCCGACUGAAAUUCUGAAAGGAUUAGACUGCAGAAGACUGGUGCAAAGUUAUUUUCUCUGAUGAAGCCCCCUUCCGACUGUUUGGGACAUCUGGAAAAUUGAUAGUCCGGAGAAGAAAAGGUGAACACUACCAUGAGUCCUGUGUCGUUACAACAGUGAAGCAUCCUAAGACCACCCAUGUUUGGGGUCCCUUUUCGUCCAAGUGCGUGGGCUCUCACAAUUCUGCCCAAAAACACUGCCAUGAAUAAAGAAUAGUAUCAAAACGUCCUGCAAGACCAACUUCUCCCAAUGAUCCAGGAGCAAUUUGGUGAUGAUCCGUGCAUUUUCCAGCAUGAUGGAGCACCAUGUCACAAGGCAAGAGUGAUAAUGAAGUGGCUCAGAGAUCAUUACAUUGAAGUUUUGGAUCUGUGGCCAGGCAACUCCCCGGAUCUUAAUCCCAUAGAGAACCUGUGGUCAAUCCUCAAAAGCAGAAGCCCACAAAUUGUGAUUUCCAAGCACUAAUAAGGCAAGAAUGGUUCGCCAUCAGUCAGGAUUUGGCCCAGAAGCAGGUAUCCAGCAUGCCAGAGCGAAUUGCAGAGGUUAUGAAGAACAUGGGUCAACGCUGUAAAUAUUGACUCUUUGCAUAUAUUGAAUGUUUUUGCCAAUAAAAGCCUUUAAAACUCAUGAAAUGCUUAUAAUUGUUUUCUAGUAUACCUUGGAAACAUGUGAAAAAAAGUCUACAAAUACUGAAGCAGCAAACUUAGCAAAACACAAAAUUUAUGUCACGGCCAAUACUUUUGGCCACAGCUGUAGACGGUGGAUUGUUUCUUUGGUGAGAACCUGGAUUUGGAAAAAUGGCUUUAAAACCAGCCAAAUAAAUAAAUUUCUUGACAUCUAAUAGACUCUGGUCCACACCAAAAACACAAACCCUUUUAUCCAAAGUGACUUACAGUGCCCUUACCACAGGGACAAUCCCCCCAGAGCAAUCAAGUGUCUUGCUCAAGGACACAAUGGUGGUGACUGGGGCUCGAACCAGCGACCUUCUGAUUAACAGUUACGCCACCCACUCCAUAAAAAAAAUGCAUACACAUACAUAAACUGAUUUGCUAAAUUAUUUUCUUAAUAAUAAUGACCAUAUCAAUGACCCAACAUAUAUUUCAGGUCCAAUUAUAUUUAUUCAGAAAAUGUUAUAGGUCUCUGCUGGAUGAGGUUUACAUGAUGUGUGGGCUGUAUAUUCAGAUAAAGGAAAGACUGGUGAAUUCUGAGGCUUUCCCUUUCAUCUAGAAUUGAUAUCUUCAUCUCAUAGCUGUCCUUCAAGCAUGCUGCAGAAAGCCUGAUCCAGUGCAUGGGGCUUUUGAAUCUUGGGUUUAACCUCUGCAGGAGAACCCAGCAGC